CUCACCUCUUGUUUUCCACCGACUUCCCUCUUCCAACCACUUUGCCAUCCACAACAAGCAUCACUUUCUGAGCAACCGAAGCUUAAAAGGACCCCGUCUCCCUCCGCAACCUUUCUCAAACUACCACCGACUCAACAAUCAACACAUCCGAUUAGCGAGACACUACUACAGUCGUCGGUCGCUCACUCCCACCUUCAAAUACAAACCUUCUCCCAAGUUCACCCCAAAAACUCCGAGUUUAUGUCAGGCGAAACCGAGAUCCAGAAUCUCAAGAGCCGCGACCCCUUCGCCGAAGCCGACGAGGACUCGGGACAGACCACUCAAACCCAAGAAUAUAUCCAUAUUCGCAUUCAGCAGCGUAAUGGACGUAAGACCUUGACCACCGUUCAAGGUAUACCCGCCAAGUUCGACCGCAAGAAGAUUCUCAAGGUCAUCAAGAAAGAGUUCGCCUGCAAUGGCACCAUCAUCAGCGACACCGAGUCCAAGGGCCUGGGAGAGGUGAUCCAGCUCCAGGGCGACCAGCGCCUCAAGAUCAAAGACUUCCUCGUUAACGAGGACGCCGGUCUCGGUCUCGACGAGAAGACCAUCAAGAUCCACGGCUUCUAAACGGGCAUGUCUGUUGUGCCGCUGCUCAGCGGCCCGGGACCCUAAGUGGGACGCCCGGGGCGGGGAUUCACUCACAGAGGUGAAGCUUAUAGAUCGAUAUCUGAGCGAUGAGAGGGCCGAUUAUUAGGGUCGCGCGGCACACACAUGAUACCCGGAAGCUGGAAGACAGGCUUCCUCUUCCCUAACCGGAGAGCACGUCGAGUGGGAUAUUUUUUUGGUGCUUCGGGCCAUUUGCUCAAUUGUCGAUCCUUCGGCUCUAGUUGACGGGACGGCCGCGGCCUGCAUGUCCUUCGUUGAGCCUCUGCAGGCCUCGUACUUUUAGGCAAUGGAAUUCGUUGACGA